CGCUUCGUUAUAUUCGUAAAUAUAUCAUGGGUGUAGAUUGCAUUAUCAAUUUAAAUAUUAUUUUAUAAAUUAUCUACGAGAAAGGGUGAACGGUGGUUCGCAGAGUGCACAUCCUGGAGGCUCGUAUCUUCGGACCAGCAGGUCCUCAGAGCCAAAAAUUGAAAUUACUGCUUCCAAAAUGUCCCUUUGGGCAAAAGCACAGCAAUUACCACAAGAAGCGUUACAACAAGUACGCUCUGUUUAUGGUGAACAUUUUCCGAUUGAAGUUCGACAUUUCUUAUCAUCUUGGAUUGAAGAUAAAAUGUGGACUGAUAUAGAACCUGACAAUCCACAGUAUGAACAAUAUAUAGCUAAUCUAGUUGCGUCUCUAAUACAAGAAUUAGAGACAAAAGCAGCUUCUUUAAACACUGAAGAUUUAUUUUUAACAAAAUUAAAGCUAAUGGAAGCUGCCAAAACUUUCAGACAAAGAUAUAGCCAAAAUCCGGCUACACUAUUUAAAAUAAUUAGACAUUGCCUAGGAACAGAAAUGAAACUUGUAGCUCAAGUUGAGAAUUUAGGAGGUCUUAUGAAUAUGGCAGCGGGUAGAGUUGGUUUAAUGGUAGGAGAUGCUGUGGCAGAAAUAGCACAACAAGUUGAAGUAUUACGACGCAAAACGCAAGAAACUGGAGAAGAUUUGCGUAAAAUGGAACAAGAACAGGAGGCCUUUGCCAUUAGUUAUCAUGAAUGCACAAAAUUAAAUGCUCAUUUACAGCAUCUCGCCACUCAACCACAAAAUCAGCAAAGUUUAGACUUGGAGAAAAAGAUUAGGCGACAAAAAGAGCAACAAGAACAAUUAUUGAAUCACAAAGUUACGGGUUUAAUGCAGUUACGCUUGACGUUGGCAGAUAAAUUGAAGGAUACUAUUGCCAGACUGAAUACUUUACAAUCAAGAGUUCUUGAUGAUGAAUUGAUUAGGUGGAAAAGGGAUCAACAAUUAGCUGGAAACGGAGCUCCGUUUAACAGUAAUUUAGAUUCUAUUCAGGAAUGGUGUGAAAGUCUUGCAGAAUUAAUAUGGCUUAAUCGGCAACAGAUUAAAGAAGCAGAACUUUUAAAACAAAAAUUUGCACUGGAUCCUCCAGGAAUACAAGAUAUUCUUCCUACCUUAAAUUCACAGAUCACACAACUUCUUAGUUCCUUAGUCACUAGUACAUUUAUCAUAGAGAAACAGCCACCGCAAGUGAUGAAAACUAAUACUCGUUUUACAAGUACAGUACGUCUUCUAGUGGGAGGAAAAUUAAAUGUUCAUAUGACACCGCCUCAGGUAAAAGUAAGCAUAAUUAGUGAAGUACAAGCAAAUGCUCAAUUAAAAAAUGGGAAAAUGGCAAAAUGUGGAGAAGCUAGUGGUGAAAUUUUAAAUAACAGUGGAACUAUGGAAUAUCAUCAAGCAACACGACAAUUGUCAGUAAGUUUUCGAAAUAUGCAGUUAAAAAAGAUUAAAAGAGCCGAAAAGAAGGGUACAGAAUCAGUUAUGGAUGAGAAAUUUUCACUUCUAUUUCAAUCGCAAUUUAGUGUUGGUGGCGGUGAAUUAGUAUUUCAAGUGUGGACUUUAAGUUUACCAGUCGUAGUAAUUGUACAUGGAAAUCAAGAACCUCAUGCAUGGGCUACAGUUACAUGGGACAAUGCUUUUGCAGAACCUGGAAGAAUUCCUUUUGUGGUACCUGACAAAGUACCAUGGGGACAAGUAGCUGAAGCAUUAAAUGUUAAAUUCAGAUCAGCUACAGGAAGAUCUUUAACAGACGAUAAUCUCCAUUUUCUUGCGGAAAAAGCAUUUCGAGGCGGAAAUACAGGUGGUCAGGAAUACUCUAGUUUACUUCUCAGUUGGGCUCAGUUCUGCAAAGAACCUUUGCCAGAAAGAAAUUUUACAUUUUGGGAAUGGUUCUACGCUGUUAUGAAAUUAACAAGAGAGCAUUUAAGGAGUCCCUGGAUAGAUGGCUAUAUUCUUGGAUUUGUCAGAAAAAAACAGGCAGAAGAAAUGUUAGCUAACUGUCCAUCAGGGACAUUCUUAAUGCGUUUCUCAGAUUCAGAACUUGGAGGAGUUACUAUCGCUUGGGUUGGAGAUCAAACAGAAGUCUUUAUGCUUCAACCAUUUACAAGCAAGGACUUUGCAAUUCGUAGUUUAGCAGAUCGAGUUUCUGAUUUACAGCAUCUAUUAUAUCUGUAUCCCGACUUAUCGAAAGAUCAUGCUUUUUCCAAAUAUUAUACACCAGAAAACCGAUCGACAUCGAUAAAUGGAUAUGUCAAACCAUUGUUAGUGACACAUGUACCUGGAUGGGGUGGUCCAGUUAUAGGAGGUCAAACGCCUUCUCAUUCAUCAGUGGUUGGUGUUGGUAAUAGCAGUCAAAGUGGUCCAGGUGGAAGUUAUCCUGCUACUCCUUCUACUAUAUUCCAAGCACAUAGCCCUGACCCAUCCGUAACACGUGAUACUCCAUCUGUUGCUUCCAGCUAUGCUCCGGGUCUCGGCCAGUCAGGUAUUGGGCGACCAAACUCGGACAUGGACUAUGUGGAGUUGAUGGGUCAUGGCGAGCUGUCCACAAUCGACGAGAAUCUCAACUUGGACCAAUUUAAUGGUUUUGGUUUUUCCGAGUUCGUGCAGUCAUACAACACCAAACCACAGUAGGUAUAUCGGGUGCGAAAAGUUGUGAGUUGCCAUGGCAUACCUUAAUUUUCGAUCUCUAUCCUUAUUGGAUAUAAUCCAAGCGAUAUGAUCCGAGAUCACUUGUUAUAUAACAGGGGAGGGAUUUAUAGUAGAGGCACAUUAUACUUAUCUAAGAAACAUAAUAUAUCCUUCGAUUACACAUCUAUCAUAUAAGUGCAAUAUUUUCUGAAGUGCAACCACUAAGCGUAAAUAUACUAUGCGAAUUUAAUAUAGAAAUUAAUCAUGUUAUGUCAAGUAACGAGUUUAUAGAUUAUUAUAAUCAGUAAAGUUUUAUUAUCAAUUUUAAAAUUGCCAAUUUACAUAAAAUUAAUUAUCUCUAUUGGAAGAUAGAAUUAUACUUUAAUAUGAUGAUGAUUAACAAAUUUUGUUCACAUAUUUUUUACUUAUAGUGGGCAUUUUUUACUUGGUUUUGUUUUUCAUUAUUCAUCUAUUUUAGUGUAAGUCCUUGUAAGAUAUGAAAAACACUGGGUACAAAAAAAACCAUAGGUAAUGAUCUAUAUAUAAGAUAUGAUAGAACAACAAUUAGUGUGAGUAAAUUUAUAUUUUAUGUAUUAAUAAGAAAAAACUAUGAAUUAUUCACAUGAAAAUAUUCUUGGUUUUCUCUUUAAUCAUGCUUUUUUUUUUAUAAUGAAUAUAAAUAAUUAUUCAGAUGUUUAUUAAUGUAUUACAAAUUCUUUUUAUCUUAUAUAAAAGAUAAAUAGUAAAUCAUUUUAAUUUCUAUAAUGAAGAUACUAUGAAUUAUUGAUAUCAAAUUAAGAAAAAUCUAUUGACAGUGGAUUUGAAGAUCAAUUGACAAUAGAUCUGAAGAUAGUACACAACAGAGUUUAUAAAGUGGACAAUCAUUUUUUCUUUUAUCUUUAAGCUUGAAAGCAUGUAGAAAUUGUUAAGCUUUAUUAGUAUUUUCUGUUAAAUAUAUAGAUUGCAAAGUAGUACAAUAUAGAAUGAGAUAUAUGCAGACUUAUUUGUAUAUUGUAACAUUGAUGUGAUCUAAAUAUGUGCCUUACACUUCAAAACUUUAUACUUACAGAAUGAUUUGCAAGUUUUGCAAAGUAUUUACAAAGCAAGAUUUUUUAUCUUUAAGUCUAUUUUUCUUAGGGUGUCUCAGAUCAUAUGAAUAUGCAAUGGUAGAAAUACUUGAUAUAAUAAUUACCAUUAAACUAAUAUUUUUUAACAGGAAUCAGAAUUUUAUAAACUAACAUUGAACGUUUGUAUGUGGUAUAUAAUUAUGCUAUAUUUAAUAACUUGUAGAAAUUGCGUUUGUGCAUAACGAAAAAAUUUUCGUUUAUUUUAAAUAACUUGUUUAGGCACACAUACACACAAAAAGAGAGAUACAUACAUAUUUAUAUGUAAGCUUAAAUAGUUAAUUGUGUUUCAUAUUUGAGCUCUGCAAUCUCUCCCCUGUCUUAUAUGUAUUAUUAAAGAAUUAUCAAUUGUUAUGCAUAUGUAAAGCACCAUUACAUAUAUGCUGAAUUUUGUCCCCGCUAGGACUGCACACAUUGUUGUCUCUUUUUAUAUUUAUCAUUAUAUGAUAUAUAAGCCGAAUCUUUUGGCAAAUGUACGUUAAUAUUGUCUAUUGAUCCUUUUAUCAAAGAUUAGAGUUUAUUUUAUUAUUGAGAAUAAUUUUAUCUCCUGUAAAAGAUAAAUAAUGUGCUCUUAUAUAUUCAUCCUGUAUACAGUAAUUAUAAUAAUAUAAAUGUAACAUAAGUAGCGCUUAUAUAUUUAUGCGCAAUAAAAUGUUUUAAUCCAU